UCACAAGUUGUCACGCUCAAGGUGUCAAAACAGAGGGGGUCGGUGAGAACGAGAGUUAGUCAAGGAAAAGGGAUAAUUUACCCAUUUUCCUGUGAAUUUUCAAAGUUGCUGCCCUGCAAAUUGCCAGGAGAAGAAGUGAAAAGUCAAAAAAAUCCACAAAGAAUUUUCAUUUUGGUGAUUUGGCCGUUGAAAAUGCCAAUUAAUUUUACUGCAUGACAGUGUGAAAGAAAUCUUCCUUUUGGGUUGAGAAAAAAAAUCAUGGAUGGAGACUCUACACUAAAAAGGUGCUCCAGUGCCCCCCUUAUCAAUAAUCCCGCAGCCGUACAGACAAUGACAUCUACCCAAGCCACCAGCACGUCUUCCAGGGAGAUCUCUCCAUCUCCAGCCAUAAAUAUAUUUGCACGCACCCGAAGGUAUUCUGCUAGUUAUAGCCCCUUGGCCGGUGCCAUGAGCCCCAGUGGGCCCCGAUUAACGCCACGCGUUUCCCAGCUGCGCCAGGAGGAGUGCGUAGACAUGAACAGCCGGGAAGUGAAUCACGAGCGUGAGAUUCACUGCGCCAUGCAGAUGUCUCAGAGUUGUGAAGAUCUCCGGAUAGUCACGGAGGGGUGGUCAUUCAAGAGUAGAGAUAAUGACGACCUCACAAAUCCCCUGCACGUAAACCUACCCGCGGGCGGUCCACUCAGCUGCUCUAGUCCAUCACCAACGAGUCGUGGUGCUGGUCUACGGUAUCAGGUGAUGUCACCCAGUCCCACCCGUAGGACAUUCUCAACGCGACGCUCAAUGUCACCCAAUGCCAUGCGGCCGAGUACGCUGUAUCCGGUCAAGCGUAAAUUUGAUCUCGACGACAGUAGCUCCACGUGCUCACCGCCACCGCACAAGAAGAUGUUCCUCGAGAGUCGUGGCUCCUCACCCAUCUGCCAGACACCAUCACCAAUUUGCCCCAGCCCCGAUUCCGGGACCUACGAGGGGCGUAUUACACCAAAGUUCUUUGUCUCUAAGCUCUGCACCACCUCAUCGGUGUCCUCACCCUCCUCGGCGGCGCACUCCCCCGCAACGAGUAGCAAUUCCGGUGCCAGUGGUGGCUCCGUAUCCAGCGGUGUCACCGUAGACGAAACCAUGACGCUCAUUGCUAAGGAUUUCGAUCCAGUCACAGCUAAGCAGGAUAUCACAGAUGAGGAAUGUGCCACAAUAACUGGCAUGUCCACGACAAAUCUCGAUCGUCUGGCGGAGCGCCUCGAAGAGCUAAAAGAAGCUCCAGCAUCCCCCGCAAUAUAGAGGCAACACGUUCAGUUCAGUCAUCUCUGCUUAAUCAUCCCCCCCCCCCCCUUCAAAUAAGCUCUUGAUUUAUUCGCGUCGUGUAUAAAGGAAUGACGAUCCCUUUCUUAUUAUAUAUAAAUAUAGAUGGAGUAAUAACUAAAUUUAGGUAGGUAAUCAUAAUUAUCGCGUUGUGUUUUCGACGUUUCGCUGUUCUCCUCCUCAUGAUAUAUGAAGAAUAUACUUAUAUAUGCAAUGAAAUUCACUGUUUUCACGUAGAAAAAAAAAUUAAUAAAGUAAAUAAACCUUUUCUACGCAUAAAAA